UUGAAAAUGAAUGAAAUAGUUGAACAAAUAACAAAUUUAAAAAUAAAUUUUAAGAAAUUAGCGAUAUUUUUCUUAAUUUUAUUAAUAUUUGGAAUUUUGGUAAAUUGGCUUGCUUUUCCAUUUUUUCUGAAAAGAGCAAUACAAAAUAAAGUCGUUUUAACACCGAAAUCAGAAACAAGAAAACUUUGGGAAAAAGUUCCGUUUCCAGUCGAUUUUAAAGUUUAUGUUUUUAAUAUAACAAAUCCAGAUGAAGUAACAAAUGGUGGUAGACCGCAUGUACAAGAAGUUGGACCUUUCUUUUUCGACGAAUGGAAAGAGAAAUAUGAUCUAGAAGAUGAUGAAGAAAAAGAUACUGUUACAUAUCAUAUGAGAAACACUUUCAUUUUUCGGCCUGAUAAAUCAUGUCCGUUAACAGGGAAAGAAGUAAUAACAAUUCCACAUCCUCUAGUAAUGCCAUUGUCAGUUGCUGUUAAACGUGAUCAAGCACCAAUGAUGCCAUUAGUUUCUGAAGCUAUAAAUACAAUGUUUCCAGUUGAAAAGCCAUUUUAUACAGCACCAUUUAUGGAUCUUUUUUUUAAUGGUAUACCUGUUGACUGUAGCUCUGAAGUUUUUGCAGUAAAGGCAGUAUGUACACAAUUUGCAACUGGUGAAGUAAAAGGCGGCGUUAAAUAUAAUGAAACACAUUAUGUUUUCUCGUUAAUGGGUGGAGCUAAUGGAACAGAUGCUGGAAAAUUUACAGUUUAUCGUGGUAAAAAGAGAUCAUUAGAUGUUGGUCGUCUAUUAUUAUUUGAUGAUGAAGAAGAAUUAGUAACUUGGGGUGAAGGUGGUGAAUGCAAUAAAUAUAAAGGAACGGACUCGACAAUAUUUCCACCAUUUUUAAAAAAAGAAGAUGGUCUAUGGGCAUUUGCUGCAGAUCUAUGUAUAUCGCUAGGAGCUUAUUAUGAACGUCCCAGUUCAUUUAUGGGUAUAAAGACGUUAAGGUAUACAAUAGAUUUUGGUGAUCUCAAAAACGAACCAGAGAAACAUUGUUACUGUACUAAUCCACCAGAUGGAUGUCCACCUAAAGGAACUAUGGCAUUAAGUAAAUGUGUUGGUGGCCCAUUAGUUAUUUCAUUACCACAUUUGUAUCUUGCUGAACCAAAAUUAUUUGAUGAAGUCACUGGAUUAAAACCAAAUGAAAAAGACCAUAAAAUUUAUUUGGAAUAUGAAAUAAUGACAGGUACACCAUUGUCUGCAGCAAAACGUUUACAAUUCAAUUUAGAUGUUGAAUCUGUUGAAGAAAUCGAAUCAAUGAAAAAUAUUAGAAAAAUGAUAUUACCAUUCUUCUGGGUUGAAGAGAGUGCAGAAUUAAAUAAAACGUAUGCAGAUAUGUUUAAGAAAUUAUUUUUGACAAUUGAAAUUAAUAAUUCUCUAAAAUGGACUUUUACAUUUUUUGGAGGUGUUGGUUUUUUAAUGUGCAUGUAUUUUAAUUCACUUAAACCAAAAAUAAAGGAAGUUCAAAGUCAGAAAAAAGUCGGAGAUAAUUUUAAAAUUAAUCUUAAUGUGAAUAAACUUAACGAUACUGUGGCAUCAGAGAGUAAUGGUGGGACCAAAAAUAUUUUGGAAAGACAAAAAUCAAAUGAUAGUACAAUGAAUAAUUCAGUAAAAUAUUAAAUAAGAAGAAUAUUAAUUAAAUUUCUGAUUACAAUAAUUAUUAUAACUUAUUAGUUAUUAGGUACAUAAUAUAUUUUCUUUUCAUUAUUUAAAAUUUUAAAUGAAAUGUUUGUA